AUGCCUUCAGCAACAGGAAUCCUCAAGAAAAACGAAGAAGGCGCGAUCCGGGGCCAAUUCGCAGUCGACGGAUCCACCUAUUUCUUCGUCGGCACUCUCCUCACUCCGAUUUCUUCGUUUGGCAUCUCGAAUGCCCGCAUCAUAUACGACUCUACCGAGCAGCUCGCGGAGCAGCCCGUAAUGUUUGAGGAAAUCCCUAUUCGGAAGGACCAGAUUGAGCUCAAGCUGCAGAAUGGUGUCGAGGUUUCGGGAUUUUUCGACCAGCCUUUUGGUGACGAUGAUGUAAAUGAUCAGACUUUUGUCACGGGUGGUGCGGCUUGGAUGCAGAUGGAAUCAUGA